UGGAUCAGCUGUUGACUUCGUGGUGAUUGGGCAGUUUCGUACUGCUUGGAAUUGUGUGAAAUCUCACUAAUCACCAUGGCGGCAAACAAAACUGUCGUCGUGCUCGCACCGAACGGUCGCCGACAGAAUGUGAAGGUUACAAUUAACACGACAAUAUUGCAGGUAUUGGAAGAAGUAUGUCAGAAGCAGGGCUACAAUGUCGACGAUUACGACAUAAAACACAAUCGGCAAAUAUUAGACCUUAACACAAUAUUUCGUUUUACUGGGUUACCCAACAAUGCUCAGCUGGAAAUGGUAACCUGUACAAAAGCACGUUCCUCAUCGAAUGUUACCAUUGGUAUUCAGCCGGAGGAUGGGGAGAGAAUAAUGCGAGACUUUCUCCCUAAUACAACAUUAGCUCAAGUAUUGAAAGAAGUAUAUCCUAAUUCAGAUCUCGACAAAGCUGUAUUGAUCUACAUGCAUCGUGAAGUAUAUGGGAGAGAUAUAUUAGAAAAAACAACGUUGAAGUCACUAGGGCUCAAUAGUGGAAAGGCAAUAUUGCGACUGAUAUAUCGUGAUCCAGAGCAAUUAAAAACUCAGGCGCACAUAUCUACACCUUUGCUUCCAAAGUCAGCGGCAACAACAGAUGAUUCAUCAAAUAAUAAAAAUGAUCAAAAAGCAUCAUCAUCCAUGCCGCAGUGUAGUAAAGCAAUGGAUGACAUUAAUUUAUCAAGAAAAAAUGUCUCAAGUAUGGAAAAUCAGGAAAAAGCAAACGCUAAGAUAGAUACAAAAGAUAAUAAAGUAGAUGCAUUUAGUAGUAAACAUCAAGAAACGGAUACAUCUAUGGAAAAAGAAAAUCCUGUUAUAUCCAGUCAGAAAAAUCUUAAUGAAAAGGAUCAAAAUACCAUGGAGACGUGCAUAAAAGACCAGAAAAACACAUACGAAAUUAAGUUUUUAGGAGAAAGAAACGCUCUAGUGUUCAAUCAAGCCGGAACUCAAGCAUUGCCGAGGGAUGAAUUGCCAGACAGUUUUUUCGAUCUUGACUUGCACGACGCGAAGACUCUUUUACGAGAUGCUAAACGUCGCAGAGAACAGCUUGAGAACGCGCCAUUUCAAACGGAGGCGCAGCGUCAGCUGGAUCGAGACAAACGUACUCUGGACCAAUUGAACAAGUAUCGACGCACCGUAAUUCGUGUGCAAUUUCCCGAUCAAUUUGUUCUUCAAGGUUUAUUCGUACCUUUAGAGACUAUCCAAAGUGUAAAGGAUUUCAUCAGGAAUUAUUUAGAAAAUCCGGAUGGUGAAUUCACUAUCUAUACUACCCCACCGAAGCAUAUCUUAAACUCUGAUGCGCGAUUGAUAGAUGAAAAUCUUGUUCCCUCUGCUAUUAUUUAUUAUUCAGGACAAUCAUUGCUCAAGUCAAGUGUAAAAGCCAAAUUAACAGAUCCUAGAGCUGCUGGAAUCGAAGCUGUGAAAUCUAGAACGACGCGAAAAGAACAAGAGCCAACGGCUGAAGAUGAUAGAGGCAUAGUUAUCGAGAAUGAAUACAAUACUCCAGGACCAAGUGGCAGUGGUAAAUCAUCAUCAGCUCAGAAUGAAAAUACGACACCAAAAUGGUUUAAGCAGUCAUUUAAAUAAUCGAUUACUUUGCUAAUAGCUUCGAGAGGUGGCAAUUUCUUAAAUUAUAAUAUUCUGUACGAGAUUUUUAUGCAGAUUUGUGUAUGUUUAAGCAUAGACAUACACGUAUCAUCUUUACAAGUCUAAAAUAUACAAAUCUGUACACACCAA